UAGUUAAUAUUGAGACAUUUGGCCAACUGUUCUAAGGCAAGUGAAAGUAUGUGUGGCUUGUGCAAGUCCUAAUUAAAGUGACACAAGUUUUGGGCUGUUGGCGCUUACAGAGAGUGUGUGUGCGAGAAAGAGAGAGAGAGAGAGAGAGAGCUGUUAAUCCAGAUUUUUGGCAUAAUUUAUUUGUGAAUUUGAGAAUUCUUUAAAAUGGAUUGGCAAAAGUUUGUGAUUUAGGUUACUGGAAUAUAGCAGACUUGAUUGGCGUGUUGGCAACUAAAACGACGACGUUUUGGCCAAGGACACGGGCAUCGUCGCAACGGCGAUGUCACCUACAGGACAAAUAGCAAAGACGUCCACACCACACGACACCAACGAUAAUAGCAGCAUUAACGAUCAGCGUGAAACAUGGAGCGGCAAGGUGGAUUUUUUAUUAUCGGUUAUUGGAUUCGCCGUCGAUUUAGCAAACGUCUGGAGAUUUCCCUAUUUGUGCUACAAAAAUGGCGGUGGCGCUUUUCUUGUGCCCUACUGCAUUAUGUUGGUUGUGGGCGGCAUACCUCUGUUCUAUAUGGAACUGGCCCUGGGACAGCACAAUCGUAAGGGUGCAAUUACAUGCUGGGGUCGAUUGGUACCGCUUUUUAAGGGCAUAGGAUAUGCGGUGGUGCUUAUCGCUUUUUAUGUGGACUUUUACUACAAUGUGAUUAUUGCGUGGUCACUGCGUUUCUUCUUCGCUUCCUUUACCAAUGUGCUGCCCUGGACCUCGUGCAACAAUGCCUGGAAUACGCCCAACUGCAAGCCGUUUGAGGGUCAGAAUACACGUCCGGUUGUUGGCAAUCUGAGCGAUUUCUAUGCCUUCAACAAUCAGAGUCUCUUCUUUGCCAACGAAUCCUAUACGAAUCUAACAUUUGCGAGCAUCGCACCAGUUGUGCCUGUGGAGAGAUUCCAAUCGGCGGCAUCCGAAUACUUUAAUCGCUAUAUACUUGAGCUAAAUCAUAGCGAGGGCAUUCAUGAUCUGGGCCACAUACGCUGGGAUAUGGCGCUUUGCCUGCUGAUGGUUUAUCUGAUUUGCUACUUCUCAUUGUGGAAGGGUAUCAGCACAUCGGGCAAAGUGGUUUGGUUCACGGCACUCUUUCCCUAUGCAGUGCUGCUUAUACUGCUGAUACGCGGCAUCACCUUGCCAGGCUCUGCGAUGGGUAUACAAUAUUACUUGAGUCCAAACUUCGAUGCCAUCUACAAGGCGGAAGUGUGGGUCGAUGCCGCCACACAGGUAUUCUUUUCAUUGGGUCCCGGAUUUGGUGUGUUGCUCGCCUAUGCCUCGUAUAACAAAUAUCACAACAAUGUCUACAAAGAUGCCCUGCUUACAAGUUUUAUAAACUCUGCAACGAGUUUUGUGGCGGGCUUUGUGAUAUUCUCCGUGCUGGGCUAUAUGGCACAUACUUCCGGCGUCAGGAUCGAGGAUGUGGCCACCGAGGGACCAGGUCUAGUGUUUGUUGUCUAUCCAGCGGCCAUUGCCACGAUGCCAGGCAGCAUUUUCUGGGCGCUAAUCUUCUUCAUGAUGCUGCUCACUCUCGGAUUGGACAGCUCGUUUGGCGGCUCGGAGGCGAUAAUCACGGCUUUAAGCGAUGAGUUCCCCAAGAUCAAAAGGAACCGCGAACUCUUUGUGGCCGGACUCUUCUCGCUGUACUUUGUCGUUGGCCUGGCCAGCUGCACCCAAGGUGGCUUCUAUUUCUUUCAUCUGCUGGAUCGCUAUGCUGCUGGCUACUCCAUACUGGUGGCGGUGUUCUUCGAGGCGAUAGCUGUAUCCUGGAUAUAUGGCACCAAGCGUUUCAGUGACGAUAUACGCGACAUGAUUGGUUUUCCACCGGGUCGCUAUUGGGUGGUCUGCUGGCGCUUUGUGGCGCCCCUAUUUCUGCUCUUCAUCACCGUUUACGGACUGCUGGGCUAUGAACCGUUAACGUAUGGCGAUUACGUGUAUCCCAAUUGGGCGAACGCAUUGGGCUGGUGCAUAGCUGGCUCCUCGAUCAUUAUGAUACCAGGUCUGGCUACUUACAAGCUAAUUGUUACACCCGGCAGCUUUAGGCAGCGUAUACGAACACUGACGACUCCGUGGCGGGAUCAGCAGUUGGCUGUCAACGGAGUUGCCACGGAGGUGACGGUGACCCUCGUCCGUCUGGCUGACGCCGAGGCAACCGAUGCAACCGAUGUCUGAGUUCGACCGAUGGCCCGAUUUCAAAUAUAUUACGUAUAGUAUUGAGAAGUUAAGCAAAAAUUUAGCAAAACUUCAACAUCAACUUUAAAUUGAAUGUGUGCUUUUUGGUAGUUUGGCCUGCAGAUAGAAUUGAUUUAUGUUAAAAUAAAAAAGAAAAACACACACACUUUUAGCUUAGCUCUAAGGCAUCAAGGGCCCUUAGGAAACUAAUGCAAAUUUCGCAUACAACGUACUUACUUAGGUUUCGACACUAAAGAAAAAUCAUGUUGUAGCUCAAAACCAUAAGUCUACAGUUAAGACUAGCCAGUAGUUUCACAAUGCAAUGCAUUUACCGUAAUACAAAUAUUAAUAAUACAAUCUACUUACAUAAAUACAUACA